GCUGCAGCAUUAAAGUGAUGAACACAGUAAUGGAUCAGUCACUAUGAUCCAGUAUCAGAGACAUUAAUGUGACACGGGCCGUUCUGUAGGAUGAGUACUGUUGGUACUUUAAGUGUAUUCAGAUGCUGAUAGGUUUGUGCUUUUACGUUUUGAAUAUAGUAUUUCUAACAAAGUAUUUUUACACUGUGGUAUUAGCACUUAAGUAAAGAGUCACUGUUUUGCAGCUAUACUAGUGAGUUUUUAAAUGGUUACAUUUAUUCAUUAGAACUAAAAUGGAGACUCUACCAGGUUUUGUACUGCAGUUUUAAAUGCAGUGAAGCAGUGUAUGAUAAAAAGUGAAUUAAAGGUAGAAAUAAAGCUGACUCACGGUCCAUCCUGUCUCUCCAUCACAGCCUACAUCUGUCAAUCAUUUACAAUUCACAGUCAUGACGGGAAACUGUCCCGAGGUUACUGAAGGCCAGACAAGGAAAUGCUGAGCUGCUUCUGUGGAUAAAAACUCUCCUGUCCCAGCUCAUCAGUCCGUUUUCUCUCACACAGUUGGAAGACGGUCUCAACCGUCAGGUACGUGACCGUGAGAGUCUGUGAUGGGAUCAUGUUGGAUCAGUUGUUUUCAUCCUGCUGUAAUCUGGUGUCACGAGGUCAUUUUUAUCAUUCAGGAGCUCCAGCUAUUUGUUUGCCAGGUCACCCCGGUGACAAAGGAGCAACAGGAAAACACAGAAAACCCAAGAGGUGCAGAGAGAGUAAACCAGAGCAAGAAGAGCAGCAGAGGUCUCAGCUCUUCUGGCUGAGCUCCUGAUGAGGCCCAGUCUGGGUGGGGUCAGGACUUCCUGGGUGGCUACACUGCUAUGACGUACCUGGCUUACACCACCCACGCCCAGCUCGCGGCCCUGUGGCUGAGCUGUGUGGGCUGGACUCUCACCGCUGUGGCCAUGGGACUCGUCCAGUGGAGGGAUUGGAAGGUGUCGGACAGGGCGGUCAUCAGCUCCGGUGUAGCCUGGGUGGGCAUCUGGAAGGCCUGCUUCAACAGCCACACCCUGGUGAGCCCUGGCUUCAAGGACAUGCACUGCCAGUACAUCAGCCUGAGCGAGGCCUUCACACCGCCAGAGAUAGUGGCUGGUCAGGUUCUCAUGGUGCUGUCUCUGCUGCUGGGGCUGUGUGGGAAUGCUGUGGGGGUCUAUGCCCUGAGAAACAUCUACUUUGGGAUGGACAAGAACCCACUGAUCAACUUAUCAUUCUUCACCACCGGAGCACUGUGUCUGCUGGCCGCCCUGAUGUCUCUCAUUCCUCUUCUGUGGAACCUGAACUCAGUGGUGACUAAUCAGACCAUCAGCUUUCCCCCUGACUUCAGAAUGCCUCAAGCCCCAGAGUCGCAGAAUGUGGGCUGUGGUAUCGGUGUGGGAAUGGUGGGAACAACCCUGAUGGUCGUGUCUGGGAUUAUUUUCUGUAUGUACAAGCUACCAGUGAGGUUGCAGCCCAGGGUCCAGCUACAGCAGGACAGGCCUGCACAGCCUGGGACUGAUGGUCCAGGGGUUGGGACAGGUGCCAGGGGGAAGGACAACACAGCUUUUGAGAGUCAUGAACAUCUGUGAUCAGAUGGUUUGGACAUUUAGGACUGAAACUCACCUCUGAAGAGCUGCAACAUGAGUUUUCAUCUUCAUGAACAGAAAAAAAAAAACCCUGUUCACACAGAAUUUAUAGAGACUGUAGUUAAACAACUGUUUCUACAACUGACACAGCUGUUCGUGCAUUACAAAUGAUUGCUUUUAUUUAUGAAUGGCAUCUCCUGACACCAAACAAUCUUGAUGCAGUGCCUGAGACUGUGUGACAAUACAGAGACUGCCUCGAUGCUGGAACAAGUAAAAUAAGGCACAGUGUGUUAAUAUUGCAGCCAUGACAGAUUUGUUAGAGCAUUCAGAAAUGUGACAAUAUUGUCUUUUGCUGCAGACACAUGAUGUUUUGUAAGCUGCAGUGUUCUUGUAUUCAAGUGGUGUAUCCUUACACUGUGGUAUUGCUGCUUUUACUGGAGUAAAAGAUGGGGGUACUUCUUCCACCACUGGCUCCCAGUGACUUUGUUAAAUGUGUAUGAGGGUAGGUACUGAAUUCAAUGCCCUCAUCAUGAGUUGCACCAUUAUUAUUACUAUGAAAAGAAACAACCAGGACUGAGUUGAAUGUGUGGAGAGUUUCGUCUCUCAAACAAUGCAUGCUGAGAUGUCUGCUAGCUUAAUGUGAAAUAAACAUCUUUUCCAUAUUUAGAUGAACUUGACGAGCAGCUCUGACUGCCCUGAAUGCCUGCAUCAUGUCUUACAGUACAGAACAUCUGUGGAGACUGAAGGUGGAGUUCACGGGCAGAGUCUAGGUGAGACCUCCCCAGGAAGACUGGAAGCUGCAGCUCCUGCCAGAGCAGUGAGCUAAGGCUCCGAAUACUUUUGUAAAUAAGAUUUCAGAAUUUAGUAAAUUUGUUGUAAAAUCUUCUAACGUAUUCACUUUGUGUGUAGGCUGAUGGUUAAAACAGGUGACUGUAUCCAGAUGACAUGGUUUGCAGAGUGAAUCCUCUGAGGCCACUGUGGUGUAACUUUUCUGUUCCUUCACAAAAAGUACUAGUUACAAAAUAGAACAGAAAGCAC